UUGCUUGGCCGGGUAAUUCCAGAUUGAUACAGGAUUAGUAAACGAUUCACCAUAUGAAGAAGCUGACCAUAUUUUACACUGCUGUUUUAAUUCAUUACUAUGAAGAACAAAAUUACAAUUAUUGUGAUAAUUACUUAUAGUUUAAUAGAAUGUGGGUAUACACAAAGAAGCAGAUGUGGUCUAGAGAAAUUUCAGUGUAAUAAUGGUCAAUGCAUAGCAAGUGAAUUAGUAUGCGAUGGACGAGCAGACUGUAAAGAUAAAUCUGAUGAAACCUAUGCUGAAUGUAAUAAACCAGAAAUUAUAUGUCCUGGUUAUGCAUUUCGAUGUUCAUAUGGUGCAUGUGUAGAUGGAGAUGCAACUUGUAAUGGAAUAAAAGAUUGUGUUGACAAUAGUGAUGAAACAUUGUUUAAAUGUACAAGUGCUUCAUAUAAUGCAUCUACACCAUGCACAAAGGAUCAGUUUAAAUGCAACAAUGGACAAUGUAUUUCAGAAAGUAGUUUAUGUGAUGGCAAUGCUGAUUGUGUAGAUAAUUCAGAUGAAACAUUUAUUCAAUGUGGAUCAAUUACUUGCUCAGAGCUUUUCUUUCGUUGUUCCUAUGGUGCCUGUAUUAAUAGUAACUUAAAAUGUAAUGGAGUUACAAAUUGUGUGGAUGGUUCAGAUGAAGAUCCAAAACUCUGUGGAGGUACUGCAACAACAGUUAGACCACCUCCACCAAUUUUUACUUUUCCUACAGAAUCUUCAUCUGAUGUAUCACCACCUUGGAUUCCUGCAACCUGUACUGUACCAGCACAACCAAAAAAUGGUUACAGGAAGUUAUACAAACCACAUUGUUGUGAUUCUAUAGGAAGUUCACAAUCAUGUGAUCUUUGUGACGUCUCCCAGGGUACUAAGAUAAAGCCAGGAGAAUAUUUAGUUUAUAGUUGCCAGCCUGGUUAUGAGCUUAAAGGUCGCGAUCAGAUAUUUUGUACUCGAGAUGGUCAAUUAUUAAAUAUUCCAGUUUGUACAGAAAUACGCUGUGAAGGCUUGGAAUCAAAUUCAAGAAGUGCUAAAUGUCAAUACCAAGGACAAUAUGUAUCAUGUCAAUCUAGUGUUUCGCCUUAUACGGAAGCAAGGUUGAAAUGUCGUAGUAGUUAUCGUCGAGAUACAACAUUGCUUUCAACAGCGGAAGUUACCAGGUGUAAUAAAACUGGUCAAUGGGAACCAAGGCCGAUACAAUGCGUUCCAGAAUGUGGUGUAUCACCUAUAGACUUUAUACCACUUAUUGUAAAUGGAACUCGACCUAACAUUACUGAAUUUCCAUGGCAUGCCACACUCUAUAAAGACAAAUCACUCAAAGAACCUAAAGAAUUUAUUUGUGGGGCAACUAUUAUUCAUGAGAAAUUUCUAGUUACAGCAGCACAUUGUGUGUAUGAUGAUAUUGAUCCUUCAAAAUAUUAUAUAGCAACAGGCAACAUUUAUAGAGAUUAUGAUUACCAAUUUCAUGAUCCAAUAAUAGUAAAAAAGGCUAAGGUAAAAAACAUAUACGUUACGUGCAAUUACAGAGGACUUGAAGGAAAUUAUGCUGAAGAUAUAGCUGUAUUAGAGAUUGAAACACCAUUCAAAUUUUCAUCUAUAUUAGUACCAAUAUGUUUAGACAUUGCUCGAGACUUAGUUGGAUUAGACGUGGGAGAUUUAGGAAAAGUAGCAGGAUUUGGAAAAACAGCUUCUGGAGCAAGUUCUUUCGUCUUACAAUCAAUUACAGUUCCAUAUGUGUCUGGAAAUAAAUGUAGAUCAUCAAGCGAUUAUCAUCAGACUAAAAAGUAUAUUACAUUUGAUAAAUUUUGUGCAGGUUACACAAAUGGAUCAUCAGUUUGUGAUGGUGAUAGUGGUGGUGGAUUCGUUGUGAAAAAAAAUGGAGUGUGGUACUUAGCAGGUAUUGUUAGUGUUAGCCUUGGUACAAGAACACUAGGAGGAAGUAGCACUUGUGACAGUUAUUCAUACACUCUAUAUACAACAGUUUCUGAACAUGUGCAAUGGAUUCAGGAUGUUCUUCACAAGUUACAAGGUCUACAAUGUUAGAAAACUAACAAUGUUAAAAUGUUCAGGAUAAUUUAUACAAAUAUGGUGUACUAUAUUUACAUCAUUAUAUACAGGUAUUGUUCCUAAAAUUUGUUGUCAUAAAUAUUUAAAUAUUUUAUUUGUUGCAUCAAUUUGAAUGGUUAAAAUUUGAAAAUAAAGUAUUUAGAGGGCUAUAAUCAUAUAUUUUUAGUGAUUAGUAAAAUAUGUUUGUAAAAUUUGAUGAUUUUUUAUAAUUGAAGUAAAAACAUGUUACAUAUAACUACAUUAUAUUAAAAAACAACAUAUUUAAUGAAAGAUGCAAAACACUGAAAAAUUUUUUAUAAUAUAAAUAUAUAAUACAUUUUUAAACAAACUUAAAUCUGAAGUGAUACAUUUCUUAAAAUUUAAUUAAAUAAUGAACUUUAAAAGUCAUAAACCAUACUUAUCUAAAAUUCUUGUCAAUAUUUUAUUACAAGUAUUACUUUGAAUAAAAAAAUAAGGUUUAGAAGGCAUUAUACGAUAUUUUUAAACAUUCGAAAUUACACAAAAUUACACUCUGUAAAUAUCACAGAAGAUAAAACUUGUUACUUAUGAAAAUAAAUUAAUAUUGUGGG